AAAUGUGAUCCCCUCACUCCUUUCACAUUUGGUCUUAGUCCAAACCCCAUUUUAAAUGCCGAGUCCAUCGCCAUUUGCCACCUCUCUCUUUUACUUUGCAAUUAAUUUAAUAAAAUACUGCUUAUAUAAUCCCUUUAUCCCCUUCCUUUUUCUCCAUUUAUGGACACCGGAGCAUGACUCUCCUUUGAUACACCUACUGUUUUUGAUGAAACUCAUCGUUAUAACCUCUCUUUCUUCCCAAGGAAUCAUCCCUUUUUGGUAUAUUCCAAGUUAAAUCUUGUGGAAACCCUUUGCCCGGAAAUAAGCUGUUAUAAAUGGAGCCCGUUGAUCAUCAUAUCGUUUCUCUGGUUCAGUCGUCAGAUGGGAUAAAACGAGUAGUCAACGAGAUGGACUUCUUUGCCCAUGACCGAUCUUCCAAACAACACGAUAAGGCUGAUUAUGAUGUUCAUCAUCAUCAUGUGAAGACAGAAAGUGAACAUCAUGGAGCAGACCAAGAUGAUGAUGUAAAUACUGGUUUAAAUCUCUUGACAACUAAUACUGCAAGUGAGAAAUCAUCAGUUGCUGGUGAUGGAAUUACAUCAUCACAGAAUCUGAAAGAGAAACAAAGGGUAAAUCAGUUAGCAGAUAUCCGAGCUGAAUUAGAUCGAAUAAACGCAGAAAAUCAACGUUUGAAACUCACUCUUAAUCAGGUGAAUAGCAACUACUAUGCUUUACAGAUGCAUCUCGUUUCAUUGACGCAACGACACCGAAACCGAAUAGCUGAAAGUUCAGAAGCUAAUACUCAGAUGAAUAGACCAAUAGAAGAGAAAAAACAUGGUGAAGGUAUGGUGGCAAGGCAAUUCAUGGAUCUGGUUCAAACAGAAACAAAGGCUGAAAAAGAUGAGCUUUCAGAAUCUUCUUCAGAGGAUCGAUGUCAUGAGUUAUCAGGUUCGCCUGGGAACACCAUUGUUGAGUCUAUGGAGAGAAGACAAAAGAACAAUAAAAGCAGGAAUCAAAGAGAAGAUACCCCUGAAGGCCUUCCUCAUCCUGCAGGGUGGUUACCUAACAAAGGUCCCAAGUUCAAUACCUCAAAGGAUAAUGAACAAGCACAACAGACCAUGGCCAUGAUUAGAAAAGCUCGUGUCUCGGUUCGAGCUCGAUCCGAAGCAUCAAUGAUAUCUGACGGUUGUCAAUGGAGAAAAUAUGGGCAGAAGAUGGCAAAAGGAAACCCUUGCCCUCGAGCUUACUACCGUUGCACCAUGGCUACUGGUUGUCCAGUUCGCAAACAAGUGCAAAGGUGUGCGGAGGAUCGAACCAUCCUUGUUACAACAUAUGAAGGAAACCAUAACCAUCCACUACCACCAGCUGCCAUGGCAAUGGCAUCAACAACAUCAGCGGCAGCAUCGACGCUACUAUCUGGAUCAAUGCCUAGUGCAGAUCAUGGGAUUAUGAACUCGAAUAUCGUCCCAAAAGGGAUGCUUCCUGGUUCACCAAAUUUGAUCACCCUUUCAGCUUCAGCACCAUUUCCUACUGUCACGUUGGACCUCACUCAUCCCCCUAAUCAAAGGCCAUUACACCAACUUCAUCCCCUUUCUCCAAAUUGGCCUCACAAUAUUUCAAGGUUGCCGGCUCACCUGCUUGGCCACCCAAUUUACAACCAAUCCAAGCUUUUGGGCACUUACCUUAGCUCUCAAGGAAACAAUGAACUCCCCGUCCAUUUAUCUCAAAAUCAAAUGCAGGGGCACCCCAUGGUUGAUACGGCUGCAACAGCUGCCGCCAUUACAGCCGAUCCCAACUUCACCGCAGCACUGGUUGCGGCCAUUACUUCCAUUAUCGGCAAUUCUCAUCGAGACAAUAGUGGUAAUAACAAUAGCACAACUUCAAGAAACACCGGAGACAACAAUACUUAAAACUAUAUUAUAGAGAAAAAAAAAACAUUUUGUUUGAACAUUAAUGUAUUUAAUUGGCAGUUUGUAACUUUUUUUUUCCUUAUAAAGUGGGGUACAUUUUAGUUAUAA